AUGGUAAAAAAUGAUAAUUUAAUACCCAUAGAAAAUAAAAAACCUGUUGAGAUAGUUCAAGAAUUAAAAAGCGAUUAUGAAAUUCCCUCGUUUGAGGAGUUUAUGAAAACUUAUGAGGGUGAUGAUAAAAUAAUUAACAGUUAUGAGGAUGAAUUAAAAGCAAAAGCAAUUCAAGGUCCCCAAUAUGGACCAGGUAAAAGUGAUUUUAGGGGAAUUUGUAGAAAGAUUAAAGAUGAGAUAGGGUUAACGAUUAGUUGUAGAAUUUCCUGCGAUAGUGAUUAUUUUUACGAAAGCCAUACAUACUGCGGGGUAAUUGUUUAUUUGGUAAAAGGAAGUCCUACAUGGAAAGUUGAAGCGGGUAGAGCAUGCGACCGCAACGGCAGAGCUUUUUAUGUGAUUGUGAGAGAUACUACUGAUUGGGAUUGA